GCGUCGAAAAAAAAAUGGCUGUCGCAGUGUUGGUUUGUUCCAUUCACCAAGCUCCCGCAGAGAUGAUGAUAGUAGUUGAUAGAUCGUGAACGCAUACGCAACGAUUCGGUCAUCGUCUGCGGUACGCGCAUAUCGCAGCGCCAAGUACUGCCCAACAAAAUCUUCACUGCUAUGAGGAUUAUUACAACAUAUUCAAAUCCGGUGCAUCUUUUGGCUUUAUGAAAGUCUACAGUCUGUGCGAUGUUUGUUCGGUGCAGUAGAUAGUGAAAGGAUUCAUCCCAUAGCUUUCGAACAAGUUCAUAAAAAAUUCGUUGUGUGUGUGUGCGUGGACAACAAAGCAUCGGGCGGCUCAGAAAGGAAGGCUAAGAGAUAGUGUGUGAUAGCAGUGAUUUGGAAAACAAAAGUGUCCUUAUCGUUCUACGCACAAAUUAGUACUUACUUCACCCGGUUUACGGGCAGGGUGAGAUCCUCCAGCAAAGAUGUCUCCCAAUGUUUGGCUGAGAUAAUAGUACAAACAGUGUAAGAUAAAUCAGACAGCACUGUACACAACUAAUACCGCACCAUUACAAACUAAGAAGCGAUGGCACUGGCAAGGAAUCAAACAGGGGAAAAUGGAGCCCCAUUGAAGACCGGAUACGUUACGACACAAUCGCAACCGAAAUGUGGAGUUGAUACGCUUGCAGCUGUAAACGGCCCAAGUACUGUGACCGGCACGACAGACAGCACCAGGGGCAGUCUCUCCAAUAUCUCGACGUCAUCCAUCAAACGGACAGACAACGGUUGCGAUGACGAUUCGAGUGCCUUUGAUAGCAGUAGCGAUACGGAGUGUGACGAUGAUUCCAUCAAGCGCGCCAUUGACCGUAUCCCGGGUGCACUGGUACCCGGGGAGGCACGCGUUCUUCCGAACGGAAACCUUACAGUAGGUCCCGAAGCGAUCAGUCCUGCGAUCCGACCAAACCCGGGUACUUCCAGUAUAGGUGCGAUCGCGGUGCACAACUCUUCCGACAUCACGUUCGGCAACAAAACGUACAUCAAAGGGCAGGUUGUGAUAAAGAACAUCUACCAGGAUCGUAACAAUGGAACCACCAACCAAGGAUAUCGUCAGCAUGAAAAUGAUACUACCGAUACUAGCAAUUCCACCAAAAAAGUACCUUCAGCAUCUAUACCUCCAGAGCCACGAACCUGGCAAACUAGUCUUAAGACAAUCAUCAAAGACAAACCCUUGCUCAGCUUUAUCGUCAUGAUAUCGCUCAUGAUUGUGCUGUGUGCCAUCGUAGCGGUCAUAUCCAUCCUCACCGCGUCAGGUAAAGCUAGAUUAAGGCCCCCCGUUGGCGACGGCGACGACAAUCGUCCCAAUAUCCCACAGGACAAGGAUAUAGAAGAUGACCUGUUCCCGGAUCCUAAACCAUUGCGGCUGGUGACGAGAACCGAAUGGUUAGCUCAACCACCGCGGGGCGAAUUGACCGAUCUGAAGCUGCCGGUUAAUCUCGUCAUCAUUGCGCACACUGCCACCGAAGGGUGCACUACUCAGCAAGCAUGCAUAGCACUAGUUCAAUCAAUUCAAAGGUAUCACGUAAACCAAACAAAUUACGGUGAUAUUGGGUACAAUUUUUUAAUCGGUGGCGACGCAUUCGUCUACGAAGGCCGAGGCUGGCUCAAAGUGGGCGCUCACACCAAAAGUUACAACGCCAUCAGCCAAGGGAUUGCCUUUAUCGGUAACUAUGAAACCAUUGAUCGGCCAACCGAACAGCAAAUGGAACAGUUGGAAAUGCUUCUUCGCAAUGGUACCGAGGCUGGUUGGCUUGCACAGGAAUACAAGCUUCAAGGUGCAAGCCAACUAAAAACCACCAUUAGCCCGGGCAUCAUGCUAAUGGAAAAGCUUCGUCUGUUACCGCAUUUCAGUGAAAAGGUGUGAAGCGGGGAAAGCAUUUCUCCAGCACACGGAAAACGGACGUGAUGAGUACAGGAUCGUGUAAGACUGAUCGGGAGCCCGAGAUAUAAUCAGGGACGAUGAUGCAACAGAGUGCAAUAAAUAUUUAAGUUGUAAAAUCUUUUUUAAAAACCAUUGUUUGUAGCUGGUAUUACAAUGUAACUAGAAAUCCAUCAUUCCUCGUUAAUAGAUCUUGUGAUCGUGGAUAUCAAAAACGUUACUUCUGCUUCGGAUAUGUUAAGUCUUCAGUAUGCUUUUGCGAUAAAAAAAGGAAUAGAAAUAGAAAAAUAGAAAAUAGGUAAUGAACAAGAAAGGCCAUAAUAAAACUCUUCACACAUGCGAUUAAUCAAGAGAAAAAUAAAACAUGCUGCUUCACAGUCGUUUCCUUAUAAUUUUUGUUUCUCAGCGUUAAAGACCUAUUAGGUCAUAUGCUAUUAAGAUAGAUCAACUAUCCUAUUAGGAUAGAUCAACUUCUUUACCACUAACCAACCUGGCUCCCGCUGAG